CCGAAGGUAGCGGUGCGCCUGCGCAGUAGCUUCAAGCGUCCAAGAUGGCGUUCGCGCAGCAGCUGUACAAUGCGGUGUUCCGCCGGACGUCCACGUUGGUUUUGACGGUCGUGGUGGGCGCCGUGAUUUUCGAGCGGGGCUUCAACCAGGCCACGGAGGCGAUUUUCUGCCGUCUCAACGAGGGGAGACUAUGGAAAGACAUCAAGCACAAAUAUGAAGUCAAGCAGGACUGAGGUACGGCAAGCAACCCUGGAUUCCGGUUGGCUCCUCUGCCAUCUUCACCAACAGCCCUUUGGGUUUGUGGCCAGUUGUUCGUCCAGACGUUCAUCCUCGUACGAUGGCCCGGUGUGCGCUACUCCCAAGUGAUGAAAAGAUUCAAAUGACUUUUUGGAUUUUUCGCUGUGAAAGCAGCUUAAUAAAAUGCACUCUCCA